CACAUGUAGUCAACAGUAGUUUGUAAAUGUACUUUACUACUGUGUGUCUGAUACAAAGUCUGUUCAGCUUUCCAACGACCAUAGUAGCAGCAUGAUACGUCAUCAAGAUGAUAAGCCCAUAAUAGAGGGCCACCUUAUAGAGGGUGCCCCACCGAGCUUGUACUGUGUUUUCGAUUUCAUAUCUGCUGAUCAAGAAACCCUAUUUUUAAGUAAGAUAUAUGACGGAUCUAAGAAAUGGACUUCUCUGCUUAAUCGACGGCUGCAGAACUGGGGUGGUUUGCCCAGCCACAAGGGUAUGGUGAAAGAGGGCUUGCCACAGUGGCUGACUGAGCAAUGCGAAAACUUGAGCGCUGGCUCUGUAUUUCCCUCAGGACAACAGCCGAAUCAUGUGCUCGUCAAUGAGUAUCUACCUGGUCAGGGUAUUUUGCCACACGAAGACGGGCCCGUAUUCUCGCCCACAAUUGCGACGGUAACCUUGAGAUCGCAUUGCCUACUUGAAUUCUAUCCUCACCGGAGGCAACCCGACAAGGAUGACCCGCAAGCUGGGGCUGAAGCGGAAGAUGGGACUGAAGCGGGAAAGGAUGAUGGUAAUGAGCCAGAGUUUAAGAUCUACCUACCCCCACGUAGCCUGUUUGUGGUCAAGGACGAUUGCUAUAGGACAUACCUACAUGGUAUAUCAGAUACCUCCGCCGACAUAGUGGAUGAGAAAGUAUUGAAUAGGACUCAGUCAACACACGCUCUGGCUAUAAAUGAAGUCCUGGAACGGGGCACCCGUGUGAGCAUGACUAUCCGCCAUGUGCCCAAGGUUAUGAAGGAAUCAGUACAGCAGGCAUUGAUGGCUCGCUUACUGAAGCGGUGA